UGGAUCAUUACAGGUAUCCUGUGACCAGUGACCAGUGAGCUCUGUUUGAUACUGGACACACUUGCUGGUUUGGUCAGCAUAUCAGACAAAGACUACCAUUUAUCCGGCUCAAUUGUAGGGUGGAGUACUGUUACUCCCCAUACAGAGCCCCUCCUUAAACAUGUCAGAAAAUCUCCAAAGUUCACCUUUCUUUGGGACAGAAAGCACUCUGCACCCUUCUCUGCCUCUGCUGAGCAACUCCAAACAGCCUGCAGGAACGGUGUGCAACUUUUCCAGAGUUUCCACCCCAGAUGUGAGUUCAGCAUGGCUUCUACCAUCAGCAUCGAGCACUUCUCUCCAGCCGCUCAUGGGUAAUGCCUAUCUUAACCCACAUGCUGGCACAACCAUGCUGACAGUGCUAACAGAGCAGGGCAAGAUUUCCACCUCGGCACCCUCCUAUCCAGGUGCUCUCAGGUGGGAUUGUACUGGAAGCACUCAUGGAAGGGAAGAUGCACUCCAGGAAUUCAAUAUGACCCUCAUUGACCAGGACACUACACUCUCCUCCCUGGCUGUGACAAACCAGUGUGAUAAAAUUUUAGAUCCCAAUGCCAUAGUUCCUUUUCAUCCAACACUGUCUGCCAGCUUUGUCCAAGUCACACCACCGCAGAUGCCAAAUCAAGGAUACAGCCUGGCACCUUCCUACCAGGAAGGCAGCCAGUUCUAUUACUAUGAACACAACAACCUGGGCCCUCUGAUAGCCGGAGAAUAUGGGCAGUGUUUGCAGCCCCAUGGUUCUGUGUCCUACCAUGGAAAUCAGACCUCUUCACUCCAACCAGAGAUGGUGAUGGUGCUAAAGGAGAUUCAGCCAAGGAAUAUCCAAAUACCAUUUUUUACCUCUGCCUUCUCCUAUUCCACAUCUGCUCAAUCCAUGCCAGAGAACAGUCUUCCUGUGGUUCAAAUGGAGACAUCCCUGGGAUUGCCACCUUCAGGCCAGACAUACUGUCAGCUGCAGAGUCCAGAACUCUGCAACACCUGUGUCCAGGUUUCCCAGAUAAGGCCACCAGCUGUCAAUGGGGACAAGGCAUUAACAGCCCCCAUCCACAGUCCUUCACAGUUCCUGGCCUUGCCUCCAGCUCCAAGCCUGGAACAACCAGAGAACAAAACCAUGCCUGAGAUAAAAGAGGGCACAAAAGAAAACCAAGACACACCAGUCCUGACUUUGGAACACCCUGACUUGCAGCAGCCUCUGCACUGCACUGACACUGAGAGCCUCAGGCAGAAGCCUGAUUCUGAUAAUGCCCAUUUGGGAUGCAUCUGCAUGGGUCCGAAAGAGCUUGUGGGGCUAGAGAAUGAGAUUGGAUCUAGCUUCGACUUUAAAGACAUCACUAGGUUUGGGGCAGACAUUCAACUUCCCCAACUCCUAAACACCCUCACAGACAUAGACCAAGAUCAGUCCUGUGAAAACUGGAGAGUCACCAGUGGCCUCUUUGACCAGGUGAGGGAGAACAAACAUAAAUCCUUUGAGUUGCUUGAGGGGGCUCCUCAGGCCAAAUUCCAGCACUGGGACCUGGUGGAGGGAGAAGGGGCUGUGGGUGUUGCUGGGGCCAGUGACAGGGCUAUUGACAACAUGGCAAAGCACCCAGAGGGCAAAGCUCCCAAAGGGCCCCCAAGCAAGAACAGAAGAGCUAGAAAACAGGAGCAAGAAAGACCAAGUGGACCAGAGAACAAGUCCAAGAAAACACAGGAGCUUAAGCAGUCAAGGAACAGAGUCAAAGCAGAAAAGGAGCCCUCCAUCCCCAAGACCAAGAGGAAGAGGAACCCACCUGAGCUCAGUCAAAACAGCUUCAAGAAGCCUCGAACCAACCUAGCAAUGCACAUGCUGGAGUCCGUGCAGGUCUUCCACCCACUGGGAAAAAAGAGUGAGAAGAAAACUGGCAUCUCCUCUUUCAGAGGUCUGCGAACCUUCACCAGCAACAAAGAUUCAGGUCCAGGCUCAGUUACUACAACAGUGUUAAACAUGCCAUGUGAGAGCCAGGGUCCUCCCAAAAGCCCAGGGAAGGUUCAGAGUGCAGAGAGCAGUGUUGGCAAAGAUUGUCUAUCUCCAUCCCAGUAUGAGCUGCCCCCAGCUGGGAAGGUCAAGUUAGUUCCUCUGCCUUUUCCAACUCUGGACAAGCCUCAAUCCAGACCUGCUUCUAGAAAGCCCCUUUCCCUGGCUUUACGCAGGCCCACUGCAGUUUACCCUGUGCAGCAUCACUCUCACUCAGUGCAACCUACCACACUCAGGCCAGCCCAACCACCUCCUGCGAGCUCAUCUUUGAUAGCCUCUGCCAAGCCAGCUCCUCCAAUUUCCUCCAGUGCCACUGGACCUAAUGUAACCAACCCCAACCAGUCUAGUGCUGUGCCCCAGUUGGCCACCUCGAGGCCUGUACCCUACAGAGCAUCAUCUCACACAUCAUUCCAGAGAGAGCUUGUUUCUGCUGCCAGGAACAAGGUACCAUCACCUCCCAGGCCUGUACCCUACAGAGCAUCAUCUAACACAUCAUUUCAGAGAGAGCUUGUUUCUGCUGCCAGGAACAAGGUACCAUCACCUCCCAAACCUCAAACCCAAUAUCUGCUGCAUGACUUCAGCCGCCAACCCAUUCCAUGGAAGAAAGUCGACAUUCUGGGACCAGUUGUCUCACAACCCAUCACAAAAGAGCAGAGGCCAGAGAGGGAGGCCAUGAAGAGGCGAUCCCAACAAGAGCGUGAGAAUGCUGUCAAGAACCCCUCUACUGGGAAACUGCAGAUUUUCCUUCAGAGGGAGAGGGAUAUGGAAAUUUCUCAAUAUUAUGGCUAUGCAAUGUAACAGCUUGCCAGAUCAUUGCAACAAAGUGCUUUCUGACAUUUACUUGAAGAGAUAUAGUCACUGAUACAGAUGUAUAAAAGUAAAGAAUAAUAUGUAAAUAUGUAUAUACAUAAGUACAUGUGCAGGAACAUAGAAUACUAGUAUAUAGAUAGAAAAAAACAUACCCACAUGAAUUUUAAGUUAGUAAAAUUGCCAUAUAAUGUUAAGUUGGCUAGUUUAUUCUGUUUCUCUUGACUACGAUGAAUUUAUUUUUAUUAUAUUCUAUCCGAACACCUUAAGACAUAGUUAUUUAACAUUAAAUCAAUUGAGAAAAUUCUACAAUUGUGCUAAAAUUAUUGAGCCUGGUUAAGGCAUGAUAGUCUCCACUAAAUUGUUUUCCUGUCCACAACAUAAUUUCAUUUUUAUGAAUAAAUUUCCCAUUGUGUUUACACA